AUGGAUGUGGAGGCGCGGAGCCCGCUGAGCCGCCCGGGCGGCCACGACGAGGGGCAGUUCGACCGCGAACUGUUCUCGAACAACAGCAUCACGUGGAAGGAGAAGUACGAAGAGACAAAGGAACUCCUCAGGAGCUACAACCUGUUCUCAGACCACCUCAUCAACUACAGCGUGGACUUUUACUUCAACAAGUUGGGGUUCAACAAGUUCCACUUUGAGGAGACGAGUCCUCACCUCAUAAGCAAAGUAGUGGUGUGCAUCAUAACGGCCAAGAUAAACGAGCAGUAUUCAAGCGACAAGUACUUCCCAACAUUUGAAGAAAAGCACGACAAUGUCAUAUUCAUAAUAACGAGGGUGUUUGCAAAUGAUAACAAGACGAGAUUGAAUUACAAAAUGGAAAAGAAGAUCGAAGAGAAAUACUUCCACUUUAGCGACAUGUCUAAGGAUUGCUACAGGAUGAAGAGCUUCCGAUCGGUUCACUCCGUGUUUGAUAAAGAACACACGUAUGAAGAGCCCCUCCGCACGUACAUCUUAGAACUCCCAACGUACAGCGAAGAUAUUAUUAGUGAAAAUGAAACGGACUUGGAAAAACUGAUGGAUGUUAAUUUUUACAGCUACAUUAAGGGGAGCAAGAGGGAGAAAAUCUACUACGAGCUGAACAAGGCAGUGCUGUACGAUUUGACGGGACAGUUCAUCCAGACGCAUUACUACACCACGUCGGUGGACACCUUCUCUUUAACCAUUGCUGUGAAAAGGAGUAACGUCAUAUCGUCGAUCUUUUCCCUCAUUGGAGAUUGCUUAAAUAUGCACAGGUGCUUCUCCUACUCCAAGUACGUAGAGCCGCUGAAAAACGGAGUCCUCCUGAUCAUUUUAAACGUCACUGUAGUUACCAACUCGGGGGAGCAUGACAGGGGGGUGCAGAACGCCCAGCAAAUGCUGCAAGUCUUGGAGGGGAAGAUCCACAAAAUUGUGAAAUCGCUAAAAACCUUGUGCCUUUUCAACGACUCCAAGUUUAUACAACUCUAUGUUAAGCGCAUAUUCACCGCAGAGGAGUGUGCCUAUAUUUUUUUGAUAAUCAAAUUCAUCACCUUCUUUUCGACGAACUCCUUUUCGAGCUACAAAAAAGUGGAGCACGCCCUGCACCUGAGGAACAGCGCGGAUAGCAGCAGCGGCAGCAGCAGUAGUGCCAUCUUGAACGACUUCUACAUCAUCAAGGAGAAGCUCAAGAGCUCCAAGUACACGAAGGAGGAGAUUCUGAGUUGCGCCCUCAGCAACGUGGGCACGAUUAAGCGGCUGUUUGCCAACUUCGAGCGGAAGAUGAGUCGCGCGAGCAGGUAUGGGGGGGCGUCAUCGGACACGCCUUCCGAUACGCCUGUCGACACGCCGUCCGACACGCCUGCCUCUACACCCUCAUGCCACGCCGCCAAUCACGCCGCUCAUCACGCCCCCCCCAAGGGGACGAAAGACAUCGUCGACGAAAUCGAGGACAACCGGCACAAGAACAUCCUGCAGUACUUCCUCCUGUUCGAGAAGCACGCAGUCAAAACGAACUUCUUCCACACGCACAAAAUCAGCUUCGCCGUCUCCUUUGACGGGGCGCUCCUCAAAGACUCCAUAUACGACGCCGAGCCCUACUCAGUCAUCAUGAUUUGCGGCCUCCACUUCGUUGGCUUCCACAUCCGAUUCACCAGGAUCUCCAGAGGAGGAAUCAGAAUCGUCAUUUCGAAUAACAUGAAUUCGUACAUGCAUAAUUACAACAAUUUGUUUGACGAAGCGUAUAACCUCGCCUACACGCAGAACUUCAAAAAUAAAGACAUCCCAGAGGGAGGGAGCAAGGGGAUCCUCCUCCUAGAUGCAGACGUUUGCAAUGAUGCCAAUACGAAGUAUAUAAAAAAUUUGUGCUUCUAUUCGUAUGUCAAUUCUAUACUCGAUUUGUUGACCGAUGGAAGGGGGGACAGCACUCACUCGUUUGGAACGGGGGAGGGGCAGCUGCCCUGCACUUCGCUCCACUCCAGCGUGCAGGAGAAGUACAACGGUGCGGGCGCGUUGGCGGAUUCCCCGGCGGGGAGGCAGCCCUUCUCCUACGCCAACGCCACGGCGGAGGAGGCGGUGCGCCAGAUCAUGUGCGGAAAGCGCGGGGGGGGAGCGGUGGAAAAAAGGGAAGCAAUCAACGUGGGUGAAGCGGGUGAAGCGGGCGAAGUGAACGAAGCGGGCGAAGCGAACGAAGCGGGCGAAGCGAACGACGCGGGCGAAGCGAACGACGCGGACGAAGCAGUCAACGCGAACGACCGCUCUGCCGAGGAAGACCUGAUCUUCCUCGGCCCGGACGAAAACACAGGGUCGGACCAACUCAUGGACUGGGCCUGCAUAAUCGCAAAAAAGAGGGGCUACAAAUUCUGGAAGACCUUCUCCACGGGGAAGCUCAGAAAAAACGGAGGAGUCCCCCAUGACUACUACGGGAUGACGACCCUAGGCAUAGAAACGUACAUAAAGAAGCUCUGUGAGAAAUUGAACCUGAAGGAAGAGACGAUAAGCAGGUCCAUCGUUGGAGGUCCUGAUGGAGACCUCGGAAGCAAUGCCAUUUUGCAAUCCAAGACGAAGAUCACCUCCAUCAUUGACGGCUCGGGGGUUCUCUACGACAAAAACGGGUUGCAUAAGGAGGAACUCAUUCGGCUAGCCAAAAGGAGGAACUGCCCGGGGAAAAAGCUAGCCACGUCCUGCAUCCUCUAUAACGAGGAGUAUCUCUCCAGAGAUGGGUUCAAAAUAUCGAUUGAAGAUCACAACGUAGAUGUGUUAGGGAAAACGAUUAAGAGUGGACUGGAGUACCGAAAUAACUUCUUCCUUAACCCACUGAAUGCAUGCGAUUUGUUUAACCCCUGUGGGGGGAGGCCCCACUCCAUCAACGUGUUUAACGUCAACAGCAUCAUCAUUAAUGAGCGGUGCAUCUACAAGUACAUCGUCGAGGGGGCAAACGUGUUCAUCUCGGACGAUGCCAGGAAAAUUUUGGAGGCGAAAAAUGUGAUUCUCUUUAAGGACGCAUCUACCAACAAGGGCGGAGUGAUAUCGAGCAGCUUGGAGGUCCUGGCGGGGCUGGUCCUCUCCGACCAGCAGUUCCUCCAGAUGAUGUGCGCCCCCGACAGCGACAUCCUGCUGGUGGACGAGAACGAGCUCACCUUCAUGAACCUCAACCAGAAGAACAACCACUCGCUGUCCUUCACGCGGUCGAUGCUCAUGGGGAGGAAGAGGCACGAGCAGGGGGAAGGGGAAGCGGCAGACGCGGCAGACGCGGCAGAGGAAGACGCUGCCAAGCUGGACGACAGCGUCUCGCCCUUCUACAAAGGGUACGUGCGGGAAAUCCAGAAGAAGAUCGUCCGCUACUGCGAGCUGGAGUUUGAGUCCCUCUGGAGCGAGUCCAGGCGAACCAAGACGCCCAUCUCGCAGGCCACCAACAUUCUCUCGAACAAAAUUAGCGAGCUAAAGAAGGACAUCCUCUCCUCGGACACCCUCUGCACGGACCGCAAGCUCAUGAAGAAGGUGUUGCGGGACGUCAUUCCGGCCAUCCUCCUCGAGAAGGUAACCUUCGACCAAAUUUUCGAGCGGGUGCCCUACAUCUACCUGCGCUCCCUCUUCGCCGCCGCCCUCGCCUCGAACUACUACUACUCGCAGCAGUUCCUCAGCGACCUCUCCGUGUUUAACUUCUUCGAGUACAUCCGCCGCCUGCAGAGCGAUGAGUAG